AUGGUUGAGAUAGAAGAGAACACAAUUAUGACCGGAGAAUGGUGCCCUCCUGAAGAUAUCAGUGCCAAUAAACCUCCUCCCAGUAAUCCGAUCCUGGGUCAUGUGAUCUAUCGAAUGAGGGAUCUUGAACAAAUAUCAGCCUCAAAUAAGUCAACAGAGCCGAGUGAAGAAGGGAAUGACUUAACCAAGUUUUCUAUUCGUGCUCAGCUUGGGGCAGCUGCAGAAACACUGUUGAAGAGGGGAAGAAACAUUCCAGAUGAAUUAUUGAUUGGCAUCCUGGUUGAAGAUAUUAGCCGGUUGCCACCAGAUCAAGGCUGGAUCAUAAAUGGGUUCCCAAUGACUCUGAAUCAGGCCAAGCUCCUUGAAAAGGCACUGACGGGGCGAGAUCCAGACCAGCCAAUACCAAAGGAUGCCAGUGUGAAUAAGCCCACCUUGGUUGUCGACCCGACAGCACCGAAAGAGCUGCCUGUGUUCCCACCUGCUCUCGACUUCGCCGUAUUGUUAGAAGUUUCAGACUCCACCGUUCUGGACCGAGUGACCAACAGAAAGCAUGAAUUUUCUGAGAUUUCUUUUUUCAUGAUUCCGAAGAGGAGGGAUGAAAUCGAUGCCUCCCUCCAAGCCCACUCUGAGCCGAGUUCAUUAAAGUUCACACCAGAUCAUUAA